AAGGCCAGCUUAAACAUCCACAGAGUGAAAUGAGCAACCAGCGAAAUUCAUGUCCAAUAAAAACAAAAAAACAUAUGGAGAGACCACAUGCGGUACCCAAACAUGGAUUGUGGCACAACCGAAAGUACCAAAGGCCACUCAAGUUUUAUCUUUUACAUGUAACCUGAGUGCGAUCCCUUUUUCACCGUAUGAAAUGAUUGUGAUAUAAACCAUAAAGAGGAGCUUGUGCGGUCUGUUGAAACUGCUGCCAACAUGUGGAGGCUAACUGCUGCAACAUCCUUGAACAAUUUACGUCAAUUUCUUCUUAAGAGAAGUGGUAAUAUGGUGAAACUUUAUCAUGCAAACAGUGGAUGUUUUGGCUACAGACCAUCUCCACAAGUAACUCUGAAAGGUGGUGAAGAGGUAUUGCAAAACAGAAUCAAGAAUGCUGAUAUUCUUAGACUGGUGACAGCUUACAGAGAACAUGGACACAAGAGUGCUGACGUAAAUCCACUAAAUAAUUUAUCAACAAGAGAUUCACAAGAACUUUCUUUAGAGAGAUUUGGUUUGGAUGAUGUUGACAUUAAGAAGAAUUUCAAGUUAUCGGGUUUGUUGCAGUGUAAUGGACAGGAAGAAGCUACUCUUACAGAAAUUCUCAAACAUUUAGAAAAAGCGUACUGUGAGCAGUUAUCAGCAGAGAUUCAGCACAUUGUGGAUGAGUCAGAAAGGCUUUGGUUUGCAGGAUUGAUUGAAGAAAGUGUCCAGUGGACACUAGAAGCGGACAGACAGACACACUUGGCUGAGCUGUUAUUAAAAUCACAGGCAUUUGACAACUUUGUUGCCAAGAAAUUCCCAACAGUCAAGCGAUAUGGUGCUGAAGGGGCAGAAAGCAUGAUGGCAUUUUUUGAUGAACUCUUUCUUCAAUCCUCAUAUUGUGAAAUUCAAGAGUUGGUUUUAGGCAUGCCACACCGAGGACGUCUCAACCUUUUGACUGGUCUCCUCAAAUAUCCUGUUGCUCAAAUGUUUUCCAAGAUGAGAGGAAACUCUGAGCUUCCACCAGGUGCCCAAGGCAUUGGAGAUGUCCUGUCUCACUUGUUCAAUUCCGCCGAUCUAGAUUAUGGUCGCAAGCGGCCUCUUCAUGUGUCAAUGUUACCAAACCCGUCACACUUAGAUGCUGUUGAUCCUGUAACUACUGGGAAGGCGAGAGGUCGGCAAUUAACAUUGAAAGAUGGUUGCUAUAGUGAUCUCCCAGACUGCCAAAUGGGUGACAAGGUAUUGAGUGUUAUGGUGCAUGGCGAUGCCUCAGUCUCUGCUCAGGGAGUUGUAGCAGAGACCCUUUGUCUGGCAAACUUACCUCACUUCAGUGUUGGUGGCACUAUCCAUUUGAUCGUUAAUAAUCAGCUUGGUUUUACGACGCCUGGAGAGAGAGGAAGGUCGUCAAUGUACAGCAGUGAUGUUGGUAAAAUGAUUGGUUGUCCUGUGCUCCAUGUUAAUGGUGAUAAUCCCGAGGAAGUGGUUCGCGCAUGUCGACUGGCCUUGGAAUACAGAAUGAAAUGUAGAAAGGAUAUUAUUGUGGAUAUGCUGUGUUACAGACGAUGGGGUCACAAUGAGAUUGAUGAUCCGUCUUUUACUCAGCCAACUAUGUACCAAGUAAUAGAGAACAGGCCUAGUGUGCCUGACGCGUAUGCAGAGAGCCUAGUAACAAGAGGUGUGGUCACUCAUGAACAGUUGCAGAAAGAUGCCACUGAUUAUACGGCGUACCUAAAUAAUGAAUUAAAGCUUGCAGAUAAUGUUACACCCAACACAAGCCACCUUGAAGGACACUGGAAAGGCUUGGUUCAGGCCGGGGAAGAUAAAAUUACCACAUGGGAUACAGGCUUUCCUCUAGAGGGCUUGCUGUUUGUUGGAGCUAAGUCUGUCGAGACACCAGACUCAUUCAAUAUUCACCCACAUCUGAAAAAGACUCAUGUUGAAGCUAGGAUAAAGAAACUUACGAGUGGGACUGGGAUUGACUGGGCCACAGCAGAAGCGCUUGCUAUCGGGAGCCUUCUUUAUCAAGGAUAUCAAGUACGUUUUAGCGGACAGGAUGUUGGGCGAGGGACGUUCAGUCACAGACAUGCUAUGUUGGUGGAUCAGCUAACAGACGAGAUGCACGUGCCACUGAAUAACAUGUCAGAACAGCAGAACGCCUUCCUUGAGGUUGUAAACAGUCCACUGUCAGAAGAAGCAUGUCUUGGCUUUGAAUAUGGCAUGAGUAUUGAGAAUCCUAAUCACCUUAUCAUCUGGGAAGCACAGUUUGGAGAUUUCUUUAAUGGAGCGCAGAUUAUUAUCGAUACAUUUGUAUCAGGAGGAGAGGCAAAGUGGCUGUUACAGAGUGGUCUAGUGAUGUUACUGCCUCACGGCUAUGAUGGCGCUGGACCUGAGCAUUCAUCUUGUAGAAUGGAAAGAUUUCUUCAGUUGACAGACAGUAAGGAAGACGGAGUGGAUGGCGACAGUGUUAACAUGCAGAUAGCGAACCCCACCACACCUGCGCAGUACUUCCACUUAUUACGUCAACAGAUGGUACGCAACUUUCGCAAACCUCUAAUUGUCGUUGGACCCAAACUCCUGCUAAGACUUCCAGUUGCUGUAUCGUCUCUUAAGGAGAUGGGCCCAGGGACCCAUUUUAAACCAGUGCUGGGAGACGACACUGUUAAUAGUGCCUCAGUGACGCGUGUAGUAUUCUGCUCUGGGAAGCAUUAUUACGCGCUGGCAAAACAAAGAGAAACAACUAACAGCAUGGACACAGCCAUUAUUAGACUUGAGUCAUUAUGCCCGUUUCCUGUUGAGAUGCUUCGUGAAGAGCUGCAGAAGUUCCCAGGAGCGAAAGAAUUUGUUUGGAGUCAAGAAGAACACAGGAAUAUGGGAGCUUGGGGUUUUGUCUCGCCGCGAUUUGAGAACAUCCUAGGAAUCAAGCUCCAGUAUGUUGGUCGCAAAGUUUUGGCUGUGCCCGCAGUGGGUAUUGGGAAGUUACAUGCACAAGAAGUAACCGACAUUCUGAGUGGCACAUUUCCAAAUAAGGCGAAAUAACCGCGCUGCUAAGCACAACCAAGAUGGACAGAAACCAUCCCGACCUCUCCCUUCACAAAUGGCUGUUCGCACGUUUAUGGAUCUGAGCUUCUUCGACACUGGCGACACUACAAGGCGGAUCGUGACCUCAACGAAAACGCAGAAUGCGGGGGAUUCUAAAUGGCAUUUUUUAAACAAUGACUGGGGACUUAAAAUUAGUAAUAACACUAGAAUUAAAUCUAGUAAUAAGUUAUUACUAAUUUAUUACCUUAGAAUGCCAAAAACUAAACACACUUUUUAAAGUAUCCGAUAAUUCACGAGUAGAGCUGGCCAAAAGAUCAGGACCGUGACUGACUUAUGCGGCCAAAAGCAUAUAACAUAAAUAGGAAUGUUUAAACAUUCUCUACGAGUAGCGUCUCUUACAUAAGUUAAUAGUAUUUAUUUAACUGGGGGAUAUUUAAAGUAUUUUUAAAAUAACUUAAUAUUCUUACCUUUUAAAAUGACCUGUAAUAGGAAAAAAAGAGAAAACUUGUCACCAUUUAACGACAAGCAACUUAGGAUGUGAAAUCAAAAUACAUUUUCUUUCAAUCGAUGUUCGUUCGUGUCGUUUUACUUAACGUAUUAGGUUUGGUUG